AACAUCCCUGAUAUUUAACGAGCUGUGAAAUGAAGCACUGCUGCUUCUCCUGCUAACCUUCAGAUUCCAAGGUUCAUCUGCUAUUCAUUGUGCUUAAUAUACAUGUUUCUGCACCGUGCAUUUAGAAGAUCCCAGAAAGGAAUUCAAAACGGCUGCGGGGGAAAAGCCACCAAACAUGCCUACAGAAACACUACAGACAGGUAGCAUGGUCAAACCUGUCAGUCCUGCCAUCACUUUCACUUCCGCUGUUCCUCUCCGCAUUCUAAACAAAGGACCUGAUUAUUUCCGCAGGCAAACGGAGCCUAAUCCAAAAAGACUUAGUGCUGUGGAGAGGCUGGAAGCUGACAAGGCAAAAUAUGUGAAAAGCCAAGAAGUCAUCAAUGCCAAACAAGAACCCGUGAAGCCAGCAGUGCUUCCAAAGCCGCCAGUGUGCCCUGCAGCUAAACGAGCCUUGGGCAGCCCUACCUUGAAAGUAUUUAGCAACAAUGCAAAGACUGAGAGUGGUGUCCAGAGGGAGAACCUGAAAUUGGAAAUUUUGAAGAAUAUUAUAAACAGUUCAGAGGGCUCCAGUUCAGGUUCAGGUCACAAACACAGUUCGCGAAAUUGGCCUCCCCACAAAUCUGAUACGGGAGAAUUAAAUCGUCACUCAUUUGCGGAAUCCCUAAAGGUUUAUCCCAGCCACGGUUCUAACAGUCCUCAAGAAAGCAGCUCCAGUGUAAACAGAAGGCUACUGGAACAAUCAGCAGAAUCUUUCUUGCAUGUUUCGCAUAGUUCCUCAGACAUUAGAAAAGUAUCCAGUGGUAAACCUUUAAAAGCAAUACCCUGCAGUAGUUCAGCUCCACCUCUGCCUCCAAAACCCAAAAUUGCAACCAUCACUACGUUGAAAUCACCAGAGAUGGACUCAGUGGAAUCCACUUGUGGAGUAAGCAGAAGACCUUCCCUUCAACGAUCAAAGUCGGACUUAAGUGAUAGAUACUUUCGAGUUGAUGCAGACGUUGAAAGGUUCUUUAACUACUGUGGACUUGAUCCUGAAGAGCUUGAAAAUCUUGGAAUGGAAAAUUUUGCAAGGGCUAACUCUGACAUUAUCUCUCUCAACUUUCGCAGUGCAAGUAUGAUCAGUUCAGACUGUGAACAGUCUCAGGACAGCAACAGUGACCUUAGAAAUGAUGACAGUGCCAAUGACCGUGUGCCAUAUGGUAUUUCUGCAAUAGAAAGAAAUGCCAGAAUCAUCAAGUGGUUAUACAGCAUCAAACAAGCUAGGGAAUCACAGAAAGUGUCCCAUGUGUGAGUGAGUUUUGGGGAGGGGAGGGGGGAGGCAAAGAAAGACUAAUUUGUGUAUAUUCAGUUGUGAAGGGUUGUGAAGUCUACUUGAAGUCUUAAUACACUUCUCAGAUCUCUUUUUAUGUUCCUUGUUGUGCAAUGUUUUCAAGUUGCAUGCCUGUCAACAUGUGAACUGACCUGGCUUCUACUUGAAUAAUUACUAGCUACAGAGCCUGGCUGAGCAUACACACAUUAUCUGCCAAAAGUUUAAGACCAGAAUCUAAACAGGGCUUUUGUCUUUAAAUAAAUUGUUUACAUUGAAUGGUGAUACGGCUUCUUUAUAAUAGAUUGUAGUCUCUUGAAGUUGUGUGGUUUUGUUUUGUUUUUUAAAUAUUUGGCCACUUUUGGUAUUUUAAGCACAACUUAAUUUGCUUAAGAAAGAAAAAGAGGAGACAUUGCAAAAAUAAGGUUAUAGCAACCCUUACCUAGAACCGCAUAGUAGUUUGUGGAAAAAUGGAUCAAAUGAAGUUUCUGUUACCUACAAUGCAUAAUGCAUCUUGUUUCAUUCUUUGUUGUUUUUCUUUUCAAGCUGUGUUCCAAGGUUCUCUGUUUUAAUAUUCUAACCAGAGACGCCUUCAUACAUACAUUCUUUCUAUGAUCUUUUUAUAAAUACUAUAAGUGGUUAUGAAAGUGUUACAGACUUUUUAAACUGCUAUUGUGGAUUGUGAUGUAAAAAAGAUCUGUCAUAUCUUAGUUUCCCUAAUAAUGGGCAUUUUUUUUUAUUUUUUUAUUUUUUGGAACGUAACUAAGAUAGUGAACAAUGAAAAUGAUGAUGCCUUUAAAGGAAGGUUCCUUGUCUUAAACUUUUGACGGGAGUUGUUAAAUCCUGUUUGCUGAUCUUGAAUGCCUUUAAAUAGACAAAGCACAUCAUGAUUACAAGCUCCUGCUGCUGACUACAUUUUUGUAGACCUGUUUGAGCAUUUCAUGAAUAGAAAAUGGAAAUACACAGCCAUAGCAGUGUAAGAACUUCUUACCCAAAAAUUUAACACACAAUAUAGCUGAAUUAUAUCUGAGAAAGUGUCAUUAUGUUGUCUUAAAUAUGUUAUAUCUUAAGGCUGUGGAAGUUUGUUACAGCUCUAGGAACUGUAGAAACAUGACAGUAUGUAGCUUUAUUUUUGGUUGUCCCUUACUCCCGUCCCUCCAGUGUUCAGUGCUGCACGUCAAUCUGUUACACUUUUUUUUUUUUUUUACAAACUUGUGUCUUCCCAAUGGUUUAACUGUCACAUCAAUGUGGCAGUUGUGAUGCAUAGCAGAGAAGUUAAAAGUGCAGUGGUCUAUUUCAUUAUUAUUAUUACUAUUCUUAUUACUCAUGCUUUGAAGUAUUUUGCAGCACUAUCUUAUACUUCGUCAGCUAAUAGGAAACUUUUUAAUGUGUAAAUGCUGUAAGACUUUGUAUAUAUUUCAGUUGUUACGAGAUCUUUAAGAAAAGUGUUAUGCUAAUAAAUAGCUAUUGUUGCA